GUAAAUACCUGGUACACCGGGGCGGCCGGUGCUUGUCGCUACACCCAUCACACGCCACGUAUAUGACAAGAUUGACGCCGGCAGCAGCGAGUGGCCGUGAUCUCAAGCGAUUCGCACAGCUCUUACAGAUAUAAAAACUGCUGACAGCAGCCAUGACGGCCCACGCCACCGCAAUGACCUCCCCCUACAUCUACCCCUUCCCCGCAUACCUGACCCCUCCUGAGCAUCCGCCCUGCCCUAUGUCGCCGACAAUGCGGGUGUACGUCCCCGUUACGGUACCCCUCACGUUCGACGGCAGCGGUAGCGUCCUUCUCCCAGUCAUUAAGGAACGGCCAUCUGGCGAGUGCAAGCGACGUUCGGGUGAACACCGCCGCCUGACGGAACAGCGCUCUAGCGAGUGCUGUGCUAACGAGCGCCACUCUAUUGAGCGUCGACGCCGCGACAGCGACUGUGAGCAACAGCCCGGAGAGCAGCGCGACCCGGAAAACCGCGGCCGCAAUGAGCGCCAGAAUCGAGACAGGCGCGAGCGUGAGAGCAGGUCCGUUCUCUCUGAGCGCGCUCCACCCCGCCUCAGCGAGUUGGAAUCAACUCGUCAAAAUCCCAAUGAAUCAUCGUCCUCCUUGCGCCGGGCUUCCCGGGAGGAAGCACGCCUCGGCUCUCGUCACACGCGACUCGAGGAGGUCCGCUCACCCCACUCACCUCGACCGGACGCUGAGCCAUCCCUAUCCCCGAACGAGCCCCGCACCCAGGAGAUUCGAAGCCGUGCGACCUCUCGCGACCGCGACAAUGCCGAAGCACGCAACCGUGCGCGCCUCACUCUUGACUGGGUACGUGGUCUCGUGCCGGGAAUGCCACCGCCAGGCGCGACGCCACCACUAUCGCCUGCCAUCCCACGCUCGCCGCCACCGGGCUACACCUCCCAGCCACCUACUCCUGGGGAGACCGUUGGACCUCCGCGUCCCGGGUUCCGUCGCCAGAGCAGUUGGGGCGACUACUUUCGCAUGCUGGCGCCCAGCAUGCCCAACCGUGGCCGGCGCAUGGCACCCACGCCAGCGCCACUUGCUCCUUCAUACGAGGCACACAAAGUGCCCGUAGUCGAGACGCAACGCCCGCCUGUGCCGCCCAAACACGACUGUAUUACUCCGCCGCCGCCAGAGGUGCCACCGCCCGUCCCACCCGCCCCCAAAGUGUACGCUCCCCAGCCCGCCCCGGAGAGGCCUCGUCGGCGCGAUCACUCGCCUGGGCGCCUUCUUGACACCGUGGCCGCAGCGUUUCGCCCGCGCAAAGUGCGCUUUGCUGACGGCGGCCGUCCUGGCUCCAACGCCUUAGGCAGUGCUUAAGAUCACGGGCGAAGACCAACGAACAGCUUGUGCCGUAAUGUAUAUGUCUGGACAUGACCGCCAAGGCUGAUAUGUGGCACCUUGACAGCC